UUUUCCAAUUUUAUAAUACCAGGAGGAGUCAAAGUGGAAUUGGGUCAUCAAAGUCAAUUUCCCUUACUAACUCAUUUUGCAUUAAAAUAUAUUAAUACAUGGAGCCCAUUCUUCUUUGGUUGACCUAUGGCUUGGCCAUGAAGACCCGUCCGUCAACCGUCGCACCUAUAAAUACGAGGCAUUCUCCAACUGUUUUUACUCAGACAUUCGACGCUUCCACUGUCGAAAUUCUUCAGGAUGGGCACCGCAAUUCUCAGAGGGACAUUUGAGUCAUUUGAGAGUGAAAGCAAGGAAGCAGAAGGAAAUGAGAAGCCAAGAAACAUCGGAGCUACCCGAAAACUCGACGUGAAGAUCAAGAAUGCGGUUAAUGUUUCUCCGGCGAGGGAGACGUUUGGCGGGCUCUACGCUCUCUCGAACCUCGACCAGACCUUUCCUCACGUGAUCGAGAUCGUGUUUGCCUUCGAAGGCGAAGGGAGGGGAAGGUGUAUAGCCGCGGUGGAGACGAUGAGAGAGUCGCUGGCCGAGGUAUUGGUUGAGUUCUAUCCAUUCGCAGGCAGACUUGUCGUGGGGAGCGACGGGAGGAUGGCGGUGAGAGGCACCGGAGAAGGCGUCCCGUUUGUUGAAGCAGUGUCGGCCUCCGACAUCAGAGUGCUGGGCGAUAUCAGCGCCGUCGAUCCCACCACGCUGCGAAAGCUCGUGAAGCACAACGACGGAGCCCCAACCAUAUUGGAAGUACCUUUGCUGACGGUGCAGGUGACGACAUUCAAGUGCGGAGGGAUCGUCGUCGGCAUCGUCAUGAAUCACGUCCUCGUCGACGGUAAAGCCCUCACGGACUUCAUAACUUGCUGGACUGAUCUGGCUGGAGCCAAGCCGCUAUCUGUUCUUCCCUUUCUCGAUCGAUCGCUGUUGUGCCCGAGGCGACCGCCGCGUGUCGAUCUCCCCCACCACGAGUAUGCGCCAAGAGAUCAGCGGUCCGAACGUGCAGUCAGUCCCCAAACCAAGCCCAUUGUUUACAGAUCAUUCUGCUUCAAUCCGCACAGUGUCAUUCAGCUCAAGAAAUCGUCAACAAUAGCAACCCAGAACGGCUCUUCCACAGUCCCUACGACCUUCGAAGUCAUAUCGGCGCUCGUGUGGAUUUUGCGAAUCAAAGCUCUUGGAAUCGGUCCUCACGAGACGACCAAGCUUCUCACCGCGGUCGACGGUCGGCCCAAGUUCGACCCCCCGUUGCCGAGCGGCUACUUUGGGAACGGCAUUGCUUGGUCCUGCGCCGAGUGCAGCGGGGGCGAAUUGACCCGCAAGCCCUUCUCAUUCGCUGUCCGGACUGUGCACGAGGCGCUCCAGUCCGUCACCGAGAACUACAUAAGGUCAGCCAUCGACCACGUCGAGCUGAACAGGGUCGGGGUUGAUUGCGAGGGCAACACUUGCUGCAUCAGCAAGUGGAGUCGGCUCCCUUUCUACAAAAUGGAUUUCGGGUUCGGGAGGCCUUUCCAAGUGGCGCCGGCAACCGUCCCCAACAACGUCAUCUUGGUUGCUUCCCAGAGCAGGGAGAGCGACAACUUGGUCGUGUCUCUGGGGCUUCCUCGUGACGCCAUGGAUGUUUUCUCGAAGCUGAUUCAGCAUGAGCUCACGCUGAAAAGCAAGUUUUAGCCUCAUCUAUGGAUAUGAAUGUACGUGUAUGUUUGAAGUCUCGUAUUUCUGCCUCUAGUUUUAAGAAGGACCACCACAGCUGCUUGUGCCUGUUGUAGCAUAUGAUAUACUUCCGUCAAUAACGCGAUGUACAAAUGUUAAUUUA